AUGGGAUUUUUGAGUGGUGUUCUCAGUAACAUCCAAAGCCAUUUAGGGCAGCAUAAAAAUACUUUAGAUAAUGCAAUUGAGAGUCUUAAUACCAAUAAACACCUUGGUAAAAAAGGUUUUAAUGAUGCGAUUGGAAGGGUGGUCGCAGGGGUGCGGGGGUAUAAUGGUAAUGUAAAGUCUUCUAAUGAAGCAGUGAUUGAGCCCCUUCAAUUACUGCUCGACUACACCAAGAAAAAUGGAGGUGAGUUGAUUACUAGCAUUAAUAAUAUUCAGGCUGAGAGUCAUCGUCUGGAUCCACAGCUGGCCGACGCCGUAAGGUCCUGCGGGGACCGGCUGAAGGAGGCCACAGAGAGGAGCAAGAGGUGCGCGGAAUUUCUGGACCCCAAGGCAAAUAACAACACUAAGAUGAAAAAAAACAUUUAUGACCUUAAUGAUAAGUUGCGUGACAAAGUGUUGCAUGUUCGUAAGCUUGUUGAGUAUGAGAGCCAGCGGCUGGCCAGCGUGCAUAAGCGGAAAGACGCUGAGUUGAAGGAGACGACGGAGAAGAUUAAGACAAGUUUUCGCAAUCUCAAGAGCUGCAUCAACAAGCAGGUGGGUGACGAUAUAGAUAAGCUUGUUAAAAGUUUAAUGGUGAGGGUGCAGAAAAUUUUGAAGAAGCUGAGGGAGAUUAGUAGCAAUUUAGAGAAGUAUAUCAGUGAGCUGGGAGCGUGGAUAAAGGAGGCCGAGGAGUUCGCUACUGCGGCGUUGGAAAGGAUUAAUAAGAUAUUAAAACACAUGGAUGGGACUGCAAGUACGUAUACCAUGAAUAUAAAAACGGCGGCCGAGUCACUUGGUCGGGAUGUUGAGGACCUUCACAGGGCUGGCAAAAACGUGAAAGAUAAUAUUGCGGAUUGGGUGACAAAGGGAACGGAGAAAGCAAAACAGCUGGAAGGUUGGAAGACAGCGGCGCAGAGUGUUAUCAGUGAAGCUGUUAAGAAGGCGAAAGAGGUGCACGAAGCGUUGGAUCAUGGACAACAUGAUGCACUAAAACAUGAACUUGGUUACAACCUCGAGGAAAUACGGAAGGCAGGAGAAGCAGUUGGCGCCGCUAAUAAUAAGCUGCAGCAGUAUGUUGGAGAGUUGGAGCAUUGGAAUACGGAGGCCACGGAUGUAGUUGGCAAGGCGGAUGCAAAAUGUAGAGAAUUAUUUAAAAAAUUGGAUGACACGUAUGUAACUAAUCGUAUGAAUGGAACAAAGAUAAGGCAGGAAGCUAUGGAAUUAGAAAGAAAAGGCAAAGCGUUAUUGAACGCUUACAAUAAAGCGCAUACAGGUCUUGGGUCCUUAGUCAGAAAUAUUAAGGAGCAGGUAAAUGGACUAAAAAAACACAUUGUCAAAGAUUGGAGUUGUUGA